AAAGAAUCCAAUAAUACUCUGACAUGUUUUGGCUCUUCUUCCUACAGUAAGCCACCGUUUGACUCUUCUUUCAACAAAAAUGGCAAAUAAUGCAUGACUCACACAAAUCCUUAUAAAAGCAAGUAUGGUAUUGGUCCUUUCAGCACCACAAUAAUCAACCAAAAAAUGGAGUUAGUCCUAAACUACCUUAACAUCACUACCAUAGCACUAAUUUCUCUAAUUUCCCUAUUUUUCUUUCUAUUUCGUUUAUCCAAAGUUUCUCAUACCAAAAACCCUCCUACAAUUCCAGGGUCAUGGCCAAUACUAGGCCAUCUUCCACUAAUGAGAAAUACACAAACACCCCACAAAACCCUAGCUUCCUUAGCUGACAGAUAUGGACCCAUAUUCACAAUCAAGCUAGGUGCUACACAUGCUUUGGUACUAAACAAUUGGGAAUUAGCCAAAGAAUGUUUCACCAAAAAUGACAUAGUUGUUUCAUCACGCCCUAAACCUGUUGCAGCUGAAAUCAUGUCGUAUAAUCAAGCUUUCAUUGGUUGGGCACCGUACGGAGCAUAUUGGCGUCAGUUAAGGAAAAUUGUUACCAUGGAGAUUCUCUCUAAGCACCGCGUUGAACUUCUGAGCCACAUUCGUGUUUCAGAAGUUCAAUCUUCGAUUAAAGAACUCGUUAAUACUUGGUCCCAUCAAAGUCAAGCGUCAGGGCAAUCUGAACCACUCAAUGACACUAAGUCUAGUACUAACGACUAUGUGUCGGUCGAGUUGAAUAAAUGGUUUCAACAAUUGACAUUAAAUAUGGUACUAAGAAUGGUUGUUGGGAAGAGAUGUUUUGGUGAAGUGGAAGAGAGAAAUAAGGAAGAAGCAGCAGAAAUUUUGGAAAAUAUAAGGGAUUUUAUGCGUUUGAUUGGGACAUUUACUGUGGGAGAUGCUGUGCCAUUUUUAAGGUGGUUGGAUUUAGGAGGUCAUGAGAAGGAAAUGAAAAAAUGUGCAAAGAAAUUUGAUAUAAUGUUGAGUAAGUGGUUAGAAGAGCAUCGUGAAAAGAAGGGUGUAGGUAGUGAUGAUAAGGUUGUGGGGGAAAGAGACUUUAUGGAUGCUAUGCUUUUAGUGCUUAAUGACAAACCAAUUGAGAUGUUUGAUGCAGAUACCGUAAUCAAAGCAACAACUAUGGAAUUGAUCAUAGGAGGAAGUGACACAACCGCUGGAACACUUACAUGGGCAAUGUCUUUACUAUUGAAAAAUCCUCAUGUACUGAAAAAAGCAAAAGAAGAACUUAACACACAAAUUGGAAAAGAAAAUUGUGUAAGAGAGUCAGAUGUUAAUAAAUUAGUAUAUCUUGAUGCUAUAAUUAAAGAGACACUAAGAUUCUAUCCACCAGCUCCAUUUUCGUCACCUCGCGAAUUCACAGAAGAUUGCACAAUAGGUGGAUACCAUAUCAAAAAGGGAACUCGAUUGAUGCCAAAUCUAUGGAAGAUUCAUAGAGACUCUAGGGUUUGGUCAGAUCCAUUAGAAUUUAAACCUGAAAGGUUUCUUACCACUAACAAAGAUGUUGAUCUUGGGGGUCAAAAUUUUGAGUUGUUGCCAUUUGGAAGUGGAAGAAGGAGGUGUGCUGGAAUGUCCCUUGGUUUGCAUAUGCUUCAUUAUAUUCUAGCUAAUUUCUUGCAUUCUUUUGAUAUCUUGAAUCUAUCUCCAGAAUCAAUUGAUUUGACUGAAGUCCUUGAAUUUACUAGCACCAAAGUUACUCCACUUGAGGUUUUGGUUAAACCUUGUUUGUCUCCAAAAUGUUAUGAAAUCAUGUGACUCUAGUUGUUGAAGAGUCUCACAUCGGACAAAAUAUGAUAUGAGUAUGUGUUUAUAAGUGGGGAUAAUCCUUACCGUAUAAGUUAGUUUUGUAAUGAUGAGUUAGACUCCAAAUUUCAACAAUAGUGUUUGUUAAUUGUGUAAUUUUUUUGUUUUCUAUAUGUCGUGUGUUACAAUUGGUUAUUUAGUGAUAACUAACCGUAGUUCUCAAUAAUUUUGUUUGUUAGUUGUGUACUCAUUUUAAUUCAUCUGAAUAAUACUUGUUACUUUGGCUACAA